AUGCUUCGCUCUUUUCCUCUUCAACAAGCAAGUUGGAGUUUUUUCCGGCGUCUUUCGCUGCAAUCGCCGAAAAUAAAAUGGUAUCACAAUACAGACGUUCCGCUUUCAAAACCAAGCUGGUAUGAGUACAAGCCGGAAGCAGAGCCCAAGGCGUUUGUUCCCUUCAAUGAAACCGAUAGUAAGCGCUUAGAACAGGCCUUCCAGGCAGAAAAGCCUUCAGUGGAUGUUAAGGAGGACCAAUUGUUUGUGGUGGACUUGCAGAAAAUGCAAUUGGCCCCAAUCUAUUGGCCAGGACCCGUUUUCGAAGUGAGAAGAGGAAAGUGGUUCACUUCGGGCGGGAAGCCUCUUUCGCAAGAAAUGACUCUCAAGUUGGACCAGGCAUAUGAGGCUAUACAGCCGGUGGAAAAACCCGAGGACGACGAAGCGGAAUUUGCUGCGGAAUUCGCCAAAUCUCCCGCCAACGCUGUUGCUCGGCUCAACAAAAUGGCCUCGGAGCAAAUCAACAGUAACCCAAUCGAUUUCGCAAAGGAAAAGGAUGUCUACAACUUGGGCGGUGGCCAGGCGGUGAUUUUCUUUGACGAGACCCACGGCGCUCUUUUCCCGGACCUGCUCACGUCGUUCCAAUUGAACGUGCUACGGUCUUUUCUGACGUCGCUGUCUUCUCUCCCAUCCAUUACAAUGAUCCAAAGAGGACACACGGACGACCUAGACACCUCUGUACUUCAAAGCGUAACUUCUGCCAGCGUGCCAUCUCUUUCGAACAUCUUCCAGAAAGAAUUGAAUAAGCUUUUCUCUAAGGAGCUGACCUUGGGCGAUACGGAAAACGGUCCGGAGCAGGAAAAAGUGCUCCAGGAGGUGAUGGAAGUCGAUUUGGACGCCGAAAACACGGUACUGGAGAAAAGAAACGUCGACCAUUUGUUGCUCUGUGUGCAUGGAAUUGGCCAGAUUUUGGGCUACAAGUACGAGCUGGUCAAUUUCACCCACAGUAUCAAUGUCUUGAGAAACACCAUGCGACAUGUAUAUCAAACCGAGCCAAAGUACCAGGAGAUUGCGUAUGGCGAGAACUUUGACGAGAAGAAUGAGCAGCAAAAGGGAAACAACCGGAUCCAAAUUCUCCCCGUGCUGUGGCGGCACAAUGUGUCUUUCCAUCCUCGAAAACCUUUUGACUUGAAAAACGAAAAGGGCGAACCGCGGCUUCCAAGUCUAGGUGAGAUUAAUGUCGAUGGCGUGAAAGCAUUGCGGAAUGUGGUGGGCGAUGUUGUGUUGGAUGUGCUUUUGUAUUACGAGGCCCGGUAUCUCAAGGAAAUCUUCAAGCUGGUGGUGGCUGAACUUAAUCGAGUCUACCAUCUUUUCAAAGAGAAAAACCCCCGAUUUCAACGGCAAGGUGCAUGUUUUAGGCCACUCUUUGGGCUCGGCCAUUGUUUUUGA